CAUAAGGGAAGCAGACAUUGGUCUGUCAUCGCGAGUCGUCUCUAUGGUUCAUAUCAGAAAGUCUGUGAAUAUAUAAAGGAAAGUGCCCAAGUAAGUGGCUUGUUCUCGACUUCUGCUAUGGCGUAUCCUCAGGGCUACUUGUAUCAGCCGUCAGCUUCUUUGGCACUGUAUUCAUGUCCGGCGUACAGUACGAGUGUGAUUUCGGGACCCCGGACCGAGGAACUAGGAAGAUCUUCUUCGGGGUCUGCGUUUGCUCCAUAUGCCGGAUCUACAGCAUUCACUAAUCCAUCGGCUGGCUACAACUCUCAUCUCCAAUACGGUGCAGACACGGCGGCAGCGGCGACAUUUACGUCUUACGUGGGAGCACCAUAUGAUCACACGGCAGGCAUGGCCGGUUCUUUAGGAUAUCACCCCUACGCGGCUUCCCUGGGUUCCUUUCCUUACGGGGACCCUGCAUACAGGAAAAACGCAACCCGGGACGCCACCGCCACUCUCAAGGCCUGGCUUAGUGAGCACAGGAAAAACCCCUACCCCACAAAGGGUGAGAAAAUCAUGCUGGCCAUAAUAACCAAAAUGACCCUCACGCAAGUGUCCACAUGGUUCGCCAACGCGCGGAGGAGGCUCAAGAAGGAAAACAAGAUGACCUGGACCCCGAGGAACAGAAGCGAGGACGAGGAGGAGGAUGAGAACAUCGAUCUAGAGAAGAAUGACGAAGACGAGUCGCACAAGACCACAGACAAGGGCGACUCGACGGACACCGAGUCAGCAGAACAUAAACUCAACUCGGAGGAUAUUACGUGUGACACAUUUAAAGAGGAGAAUCUCGUCAAAGACAUAGACCCCCUUCUGACGGACUCGGAUUUAAAAGAGCAAGAGGGCCGGACAGAUUUAUUACCCGAAUCAUCCAAAGCUACCACUUCUUCUCCUGAAAACGUGUCUGGUGGAUCUGAGCUCAUUGCGCGGGAGAGGUCUUCAGAAAUGCUUCACGCGUCCAACACGAUGAACGGCAUCAACUGCGGCAGCAACGUGACGUCUGUAAUUCAUCCGCCCCCCUCUGCCCCCAAACCCAAACUCUGGUCCCUCGCCGAGAUCGCAACGUCGUCUGACAGGUGCAAAGGAAACAGCGACGCGCCGCAGGCCCCAGGAACGGGUCAAAGUAUCACGAUCGCCGCCAACGCAUCGUCGCCGCCGCGUUCACCUACACAAUGCCCUUUUCCGAACAGCACGGUACUUUCAAGGCCAAUUUACUACACGUCCCAUUUUUAUCCGGGUUACACGAACUAUGGCACCUUCGGACAUCUCCACAGCAACCACGGAUCCAGCACGGGCUCCGCCGCACAUUUCAAUGGAUUAAGCCAAACCGUAUUAAACAGAGCAGAGGCUCUCGUAAGAGAAAGCAAAAUGAGAAGUCAAACAGUAGAUCACUGUAAAGACUCCCCUUAUGAACUAAAGAAAGGUAUGUGAAACAUUUAAUACUGACUUCCUCUCCGAUCGUUUGGACAUGUAACCUAUUUAUUAUUUGUUGGCAAAAUAAUUAAAUUCAGUGGAGAGUGAGAACAUUUUCAAUCAGAAAAUUAUUAUUCUCAAUUUUUAGUUUAUGGAUGGUUAAUCCAAAUGAUGUAAAAUCUAAGAAUUGUCUUAAUCGCUGCAGCCACCUGAGACUCUAUUUGUAUUAAAACUAAUAUGUAUAUUUAAUUGUAGCAUUUUUGUAUUUAAAAUGGACAAUACACUAUCUUUGAAGUAAAUUAUGGAAAUUAU